GCGGCGGCGGCGACAUGGAGAGCGGGGCCUACGGCGCGGCCAAGGCGGGCGGCUCCUUCGACCUGCGGCGCUUCCUGACGCAGCCGCAGGUGGUGACGCGCGCCGUGUGCCUGGUCUUUGCCUUGAUCGUGUUCUCGUGCAUUUUCGGCGAGGGCUACAGCAACACGCACGAAUCCAGACAGAGAUACUGCGUGUUCAACCGUAACGAGGACGCGUGCGGCUACGGCUGCGCCGUCGGGGUGCUGGCCUUCCUGGCCUCGGCCGCCUUCCUCGUGGUCGACGCCUACUUCCCCCAGAUCAGCAACGUCACUGACCGCAAGUACCUGGUCAUCGGUGACCUGCUCUUCUCAGGGCGUGCUGGCCUCCCUGGCCUACCAGCGCUACAAGGCCGGAGUGGACGACUUCGUCCAGAACUACGUGGACCCCACUCCAGACCCCAGCACCGCCUACGCCUCCUACCCCGGCGCGGCCGUGGACAACUACCAGCAACCACCCUUCACCCAGAACGCCGAGACCACCGAGGGCUACCAGCCGCCCCCUGUGUACUGAGCCACAGCCGGGCCGGUAAGGGGGUGGAGAGGGCGCUCGGGGGCCUCUGUGCUAUGCUGGACUCCUCUGCGAGCCUCACCUCGCCUCCUGGGGCCACGGCCCCCUCACCCUGUCCCCUGUCCGGUGCCAGUCGGAGCCGCGCACAGCCCGGAGAGCCCCCCCGCCUCCCCAGCCUCCCCGGCUCUGGCUGCCGGCCUCCCUCUAGCAAGGGCUUCGCCCACCCACUACUCAAGGGCAUUUUUUUAGGAAAGGGUUUUUAGCCAGAUGUGUUUUGUUCUUGCUUGUAAUGACCCACAACCCCAGCUGGAAUAGCGACAAGUGCCCGACACGCUGCUUUAAGUGCCUUAGCUUCUCCCCAGCCCAAAGGAGCCGGGCCCUGGUGGCCGCUGCUAACUCGGGGUUCUAUGCCAAAGACGAGGCUGCGGGGCCAGGGCCCCCUCUCCUCCUCACUCAGGUUUGUUCCCCACGCCCCGGCCCCGCCGCACCCCCGGCCCCCUGCCUGCUCUGGGAGCCGGCAGCCCUGCACUCACUGCUACAGCAGCUGCUCGCUCCUGGAUCUCGGGUCAUUGCUCCGUGCCAGUGCCUCCGGGCUGCCUGCCCGCCUGCCUGGCGGCUGGAUGCCCACCCCAGGGGGCACCGGGCAGCAUUCCCUGCCCCUUGCUCCCAGCCCUUGGCAACAGGGAGGGGCCUUGCCUGACGGAAAACACCCAGCUUUAUGUAAAUACUCUGCCACUGAUAGGUGUGGGGUGCACCCACAGCCCCUGGGCUGUUCUGAAUGUAUUAAAAAGCCUUGGGGGUAAGAUGCAGACCCUUGGUUCUAUUAGACUGAUUUGAAGACAGAAUAAAUGUUUUUCUUGUUCAUAA